AUAUAAUGGGUAUAAUCCAUUAAAAAGUAGAGGGCCGCGACCACAGUAAAAAGUUAGGACUUUCAUUGUAUGCAAAAGGUAAAGCAUUAACUUUUAAAAAGAAAAAGAAAAAGAAGAAGGUAAAGCAUUAAAAAAAACAUUUACGUUUGAAAAAAAAAACUGCUUUUUUUCAUAAUAUUUAGGACCCUCUAGAUUCCAACCCACUUUACUUCGGUGUUGAAGUCUCAAAAUUUCUCGUUCUCAUUCGAACACAAUCAACCCUCACCCCAUGGAAGCAAAAACUGAUAAUACAGUACGGUUAACAUGGACGAUUGAGAACUUUACAAGGCUGAAUACCAAGAGGGUAUGCUCUGAAAGUUUCUAUGUUGGAGGAUACAAAUGGCGUUGUUGAACACCAGUUCCAUUUGAUUCAUGCCUCUUAGUGAACUGUAUGACCUUGGGAGAGGUUAUAUUGUGGACGAUACAUGUGUAGUUGAAGUUGAUUUUCCUGGCUUCCGUUCAGUUGAACUUAAGACUGCGUCGGCCGAAGGUGAAACUCCCGAGUCUACUUCUCGUGGGGAUAUUGAUGGGAACACUAGACAGACUGCUUCUGGUACCGAUACAAUCCCACCUCAAACUGAUAUCUUGGGCCCUCCUCCUGCCAGUAAAUCAGCAACCGAAACAAUCAAGGCUUUGGUCAUACCAACCACUCCAAUUGUUGAAAAGGAAUCAAAGGUUAAAUCCCCUCAGGCCAAAGAUCCGGAAGUUGAGUUGCCAAGGAGUACUCCAACGAGUGCUCCUCCUGAGUCAUCUUCAUUUGAUGACAUGAAUGCCUAUAUCUCCGAGUUAGUGUCUGCAGUAGAGACUGAUGCAAUCUUUGACUCCACUACUGAAGGAUCGGUCACAACCUCCAUUCCUCAAUCAACUAUUGAUGAAGCCAAAAAAUUCUUCAUAGAGAUGCUAUCUCGGGACCUGUCAGAAAUUCCUUAUUUGGCCGCACGCCUUACAAAAUCCAUCAGAGUCUUGUCUGAGUGCUGUGACCUUACUCCAGCCCAGCUUGCAGAGUUGAACACCUUUAAGGUUGAGUUUCCAACACUUCUCCAAACUUACCAGACUUCCAAUCAUUCUUUGAAGGAGGUUGAGGAAAAAAUGGCAGAAAAGCAAGGAACAAAGAAGUCUUUGGUUGAGCAAAUAAAGAUUGAUGCAUUGGCAUUCCAAAUGCAGUGGGCUAUUCACACAGACUUUAUAUCGAAGGCGGCCAGUCUGCAGGCUGAACUGACAAAGAUCUCUGAGAAGAAGAGAAGUGCUGAGAAAGAGAUGAAGCAACUGCAUGAAGAUGGUUAAUCUAGAACAGUCUAGAUCCUCUGUUCUUGAGGAGAUGUCAACUCUUGAGACCAAGAAGAGGACUGCGGAGAGCUCUCUGUCAUCGUACCGACAAAAAUGGACCAAGCUCAGGCGUAUAUUCAUGGAACCAAACAAUUAAUCUCUUUUAGUUGCAAGACGAUAAACUUGUUGGGUACUUUAUUCUAGAACAGUCUAGAUCCUCUGUUCUUGAGGAGAUCUCAACUAUUGAGACUGAGAAGAAGACUGCAGAGAGCUCUUUGUCUUCGGUCCAACAAAAGUGGCCUAAGCUUAGGCACAUAUUCAUGGAACCAAACAAUUAAUCUCUUCUAUUUGCGAGAGGAUAAACUUUUGCUGGGAACUUUAUUUGAUAUCGUCUAUCUAGGUCCUUUCAUUGCAUGUUUUUGGAUAUUUAACUUAUAUUUGGUCUGUUGGAUUGAUAUUCUGUACUUAUUUCUGGUGAUUAUCUUUUGUACUUAAUGCAUGCAUCACAACCUGAGAGUUCAGAGACACAUCUUUCCAUUUUCUUCUCUUUUUUGGUUCAGUCAUUUAUCAAUAUCAAUUCUUUUCAUAGAGUUGGUUUCUUAA